AUGGCCUGGAGGGUGCCGCAUGUGCUUUUCCUGGGGAUUGCCCUGUGCGCCGGCAAGGAGGAUGUCGCGGUGCCGCACUUCAAAUGGGGACAGACAAAGGAGAAAGUGUUCGUCACUGUCGCCGUACGAAAUCUGAACCAGAGUUCCAUCAAUGUUCAUUUUACAGCAGAUCACCUUGUCUUCGAGUGCUCAGACAGCAAUGGCAAGGUCUACGCAUUGGACCUGGAGCUCGACCAGGAUAUAGCUCCAAGCCUGUGCCGAUGGGAGCAGCUCUCCAGAAAGGAGCGCUGGGGCGAGUCUGUGUUGAUGACUCUCACGAAGAUUUUUCCCGCCGCUUGGCCGGCCCUGGUCCAGGACCCCAAAAUCUACCGGCAGGUCAUGGAUCGUGACUGGUCCAGGGAUGAUGACAAGCUUGAGACAGCAGAGGACAGCUUCUUCGACGAGCAUGCCGAGUACCUUCCUCAGCUGACGACUGAGACAGAUCUGGAGCGUUCCAUGUGGCUUCCGGGGGUGGAAGCCGUGGCUGUUCUUGCGCGACACCACGCAUGCGUGCAGUGCGGCGUUGCAGAUUCAACCUUUGCGGCGGCCGCAAAGAAGUUGGCAGCUUCUAGGGCAAAGGAGGCCUCCUUCCUGGUCUUCGCCAUGGAUUUGAGGAGCCACUCAGCCCGGCCACUUGUGCGCAGACUAGGGCUGCGAUGCCCGGAGAGUCCGCGCGACUGCCGCUAUCUGGCUUUCUCUCGACAUGGAGGCCUUAUGCCUGCCCUUCUUCGCGGCCGGCACGAGGAGGCGGCUCUCUUGAGAAGCUUGGAGCUCCUCGCCCGGCCGCAGUUCUUCGAGGUAACUCCCGAGGAAGUUUGGGAGAAGCGAGCUCGGAAUCGGAGCCUCGUCGUACUUCAGUCGACGGCCACAGCUCAAGAGAAGCAGGCUGCACACCUGCAACGAACGAAGCUGGAUGUUGGCAUUGCGGCUCCUUCAGCCGCCUUUGGGUUCCAGGGCCGUGCCCUGGCCUUCCGAGCUGGGGAGGACGAGGCGCGGCAUUUCGAAGGGUCUCCUGAGGAGUUUCCUCUGUGGCUCCUCAACACGUCCGUGCCGUGCUUGGCGGACGUCCGCGAUUUCGCAGACGACGAGCCUUACGAGGAUCUUGGUUUGCCCAUCGCCAAGCUGUUCUUGCAGGGAGGGGAGCUCGAUGGCGUGGCGCGCGGCGUCGUGCACCAGCUUUGUGGCCGGUUCUUUGGCCGGGCGGCGUUCACCGUGCGCAAUGCCUCCCUUGGCUCGUCGGACUGGCGGCAGCAUGGUGUCCCGGGUCACUUCCCGGCUUUUGCCGUUGCAAUGAGCACGGCAUACAACACCUCCAGGUUUGCUUUCUUGGGAAUUCCCAAGAAUCAGACCGAGGACUUUUGGACGGGACCAGCACGCCAGCUCCUGACAGAGUUUGUCGAGGCGGUGCUGCGCGGAGAGCUGAGCCCGUCCAGGAUGAGCGAAGCACCGGACCAGGAUGAGCCUCAGCCGGGAUCCGUUCAGAAGCUCGUCGGACGGCGUUGCCGGCAAGUGGUGGAGGAGAGCAGCACCGAAGCACUCAUCGAAGGCUUCGAUGAGUGGCGCCGAGAUCAUGCUGACCGCAGCCGACGCCUGGAUCUCCUGGCGCCUCUCCUGCUGCCACAUAACAUCACUGUUUACAGACUUGACUUCGGACAGAAUGAGUGUCCGCCUGAUGUACUUCGAAGCAUCUCUGCGGGCUACUCCGGCUAUUUCUUUGUGCAUGCCAAUGCCAAGCGAAGUGGACGGAAGCUUCGGCGCAUGGGAAAGCUGGAUCCUGACUUCGAGCAGGUGCUACACUUCAUCCAAAAGCACAGCCACGCGAACUUACGAGCUUCUGAGCUGCUGGCGUCCUUGGAAUCUGCCAUGGCAUCUGAGCAAGCUAGCCUCCCAACUUGGGUCGUCUUCGUGUCCAUCCUGGUGGGAGCUGUUCCCGUGCUUUUGUGGAUUCGAGGAUAA